UCUGUGGCUUCAGGUACCUUGGCCGAGUACCAGAUAUCUGAUGAUGAGCGGGAGAAGGUCAAAGAAGCAAUUGCAGCUCAAUGCAAAAAGAAUGGCGCAGAGGACAAAGCAGAUGACGUUCAGAAAGCCGGCAAGACCUUCCUCGAAUGUUUGAAGGCGCAGAUCGACCCAGCCACCAUUCAGAAGGAGAUUGAAGAGGCCAAGCCCAAAGGUGCCCUCGAUGAAGUUUUCGGAAAGUACUGCGCCAGGUCCCCUCAGCUGAAGAGCUGCUUCAACGCGCUGAUCGACUCAGUGUCCCCGUGCCUGGACUCCGAGGUUCGCAACCAGGCGGAGGCCGUCAAGAACGGCACCGCCCAACUCCUGGACUUCGUGUGCCACAAGGACGGCGACAGAAUCGCUCUGUUCAUCGCUGAGAAAGGCCCGGAGUGCUUCAAGGACCAGGCGGCCAAGCUCCGCCAGUGUGGCGAGCCCAUCCAGAAGUCCUUCAGCUCCAUCGAGGACAUCAAGAAAUUGUCUCUGGUCGAAAAAUGCCAGAAGUUCGACGAGGUCAGCACGUGCCUGGUGAACGCCCUGGAGGAGUGCCCCAACCCCACCCCCGGCAACAUGGCCGAGUCGCUCAUCAAGUAUGUGCGCAAGGGCUCUCCUUGCAACACUGCUCUGCCGAAGAACUAAUCAGCAAAGCUGUUGGGGAUCAUUGGUGUCAUUGUGCCAUUUAGAAAACGUGAUGUUAAAAUAAGUAAUUAAAACCUAACUGUCAA